CCAGGCAACACUGUACAGGCAAUCUCUUUGUCUUGGUGCUCUUGUCGCCUUCUUCAUUCUUGUCUUUGCCGCGGUUUCUCUCCGACAUCUCGGAUUCUUGUUCCCCCUCGAGUUCUCUCUUGUCCUCAUUCUUGUUAGGUCUUGUUUUCCCUCUCGUGUUCUCUCUUAUUCGCUCUAGUUCUUUGUCUUGUCCUCUCUCCUCUUUUCUCUCCUGUUUUCCCUCUCUUGUUCUCUCUCUUGUUCUCUUUCUUGUUCUCUCUCUUCUCUCUCUUGUUCGCGUCUGCUUUUCACCAUCUUCAUCCUUGGCAUCCUCGCUUCUCUCCUUCGAGGCGUACGCUUCCUCUUCUUCGUCUGCCUGUUUCUGCUCUUCUUCACUGCCAAGAAAGAGGAAGAAAAAGUCCAGCUGCUUAUCUUUUUUCGACUGCCUCUCUGCUGCAGUCGUUGGGAGAGCUCCGGUUCUUCUCUGUUGUCUGUGCCCUUCUUAUUCUUCGUUCCCCGUUUCCGUCUUUUCGCCCUCUCGCGAGGGUCUCUCGCAUGUUCGACGUCUCCUCUUUCUUCUCUCUUCUCUCCUCCGUCUCUGUCUCCCAUUCUCCACGUUCCUUUCGCUUCUUUCUCUCUGCGUCUGCCCCACCCUCCGGUCUUUUUCCUUCUUAGGCGCCGGAGUCCUUUCGCCUCUCUUCGUUGUCUUUCUUCUCCCUCCUCCUUUCGUUAUCUUCCUUACUCUUCUUCCUCCACGACCUCUUCUUUCUCUCCCCUUUCUUCCUUCUCUUCUCCUUUUCUUCUCCGUUGCCUCUCCUGUUUUCUGCGUUCGUCUUGACCAUGUCGCGCCUCUACGCGAGCAUCAAAGGCCGCGACACCUACUACGAUCGCCGGACGGCGAGGAGCAAAGAGGACUGGCAGGAGAAAGUUUCGCGUUCCUGCGUCGUGUACGUUGGAAACUUGAACUUUUCUACGACAGAAGAUGAGCUCUACGAAGUCUUCAGCCAGGCAGGCCUGAUUCGCCGAGUGGUGAUGGGUCUGAACAGGCAAACGCGCGCGCCCUGCGGAUUCGCCUUCGUCGAGUUCUUUCGUCCGCAGUCCGCGCAGAUCGCAGUCGCCGUUCUGAAUGGAUGUUCCUGCGAUGGACGUGUGAUUCGCGUAGACGCAGACAGUGGCGAAGACAUCGACGGAGACCGGAAAUACGGACGAGGAUUCACCGGUCGACAGUGGCGCGACGAGUAUCGCGAGGAGUACGAUGUCGGUCGAGGAGGCGAAGGCCGUAAACGGUCACGGGAAGAACAAGCGCUGGAAACUCCUGUUGUGUAUGCGCCGAUGCAUGCGAUGCCAGGCGCGGCAGGCCUGUUCCCAGCGCAGCCUGUCGCGGGCGCCUUUGUCUCGGUGUCGAGUGACAAUUUGCCUCCGUGGUCUCGAGUAGUGAAAGCGAGGACAGUUGCAAGCGUCCCGCCUCCGCCCCCUGGAGUUCUCUCGACAGAGGCGUUUGCGUUGGGGGUCCAGGCAGGCGCGCCAAGCGCAGGCAGCGCCGCGUUUGGGUCGUAUCUGCAGCUGGUUGGAAAUGCGCAGACUGGAGGCAACUCGCGCAGAAACGCGAGAGAAAACAAUCCGUUUGCAGGUGCAGGCACCGGAUUCUUCAAGGGUCCAGGCCGCAAAGGCGCGGGGCGAAGGCGAUGAGUCCGCCAAGAACAGAAAGCGAAGACAGAAGAUGAGAGUCAGGGAAGGGAAAAGAGGUAGUGAAGAACGUAGGAAAGACGGUCAAGGAAGCGGAGACGAACAACAUGUAAGGAUAGUGCAAAGGAACAGGAAAGCAGAGCAGAAGACGAUCACGGAAAACAGGGGGAAGAUUGAAGCGAACGACGACAUAGCAGACCCAGUGAAGGAAGUUGGGGAGAUAGGCGCGUCUCUGCGUUUCGUGUGCAAGAGUAGGCGACGCUGAGGAUCAACAGACAGGAAUCCAGGUAGCGAGAAGUCGCGGAAAAAAGAAACAGGGUGCUUGUGAAAAGAGUCGUCUCGGAAGACUGCAGGGAUAACUCUCGCCUGUCAAGUCCCGUACGGGGUAGUAACACGGUGCCCGAACGAGGGAAAUCGAACGCGUUCAGAAUGUCCUAUUAGCGUCUAUGGUGAACCUCUCCUUUUGGGUUCUGAAACGGGAGGUAAACCUCCAUCUUAUGAACAUCGCUUAGCUCGCUGACAUCCGAGAAAAGAAUGGAAAAGAGAAUCUGAACGCCUUCUCGGUCUUCGGUCAGAGCAGCAACUACGUUGUGAGAAGCAAAGGAGCCGCAGCACGCGGAAUAAUAGAAACCAACGAACAAUUCUGGAGGAGAAACUCGGAUCAAGUUCAGUGCGAAUGACGCAGUGCUCUGAGUGUGGUAUUUAGUGGGGUGUGACACUGUGUCGUUAGGCACUUGUUUCCGGGUUCUACAACCUGAGUGUCUGUGUGGACUGGUUACGAUUGCACUUUAGCCUCACUCGUUUUCAAACUGACAUUUCGCGAACUCUCAAAAUCGAACGUUUUGACUUCAGAACGCUAAGAACCUUCGCCUUGUGUCUGUUUUCCCGAUACACAUGCUCUCCAGUUUCCUUCGACUAGGUUAGACGCGCCCAGCAGAAAGACUUCUGUUUUGGCGCCCGCAAUUCUGCGCUGAAGUGCAUGCUGAAAUUCGUAUCUGUGCAGUGGGGGAAGUGUUUUUUCACCUUCUCUCUGCCCGAUAGAAAAUCGUCGGUCGGCGCUCUUUCGCGCGAGCAGUCCCUUGGUUUCCAUUUUCUGUCGGAGGACAACAGUGGAGAUGUUGUAGAAUGAGGUCGACGACGGGUGUUUAGGGUGCCUCUGUUUACACGCUUUGGAAGCAGAACGUCAGAAAGACUGUAUGUGGAUUGCGCCUUUAAACGAAUAAGACUCCGCGGUGUGAACGUUUGCUUCGCUUUAUUCUACGAGUCACUUUCUCGGAUGGAGAGAAACGAAAGUUACACUCGAGCUAGCAUAAAACUGUGGCGUACUAAACAGGCUCGGCCAGUUCCGACAUUUAUCAUCGUCCCGAGAUCCUAAACUAUAAAAACUAUUGCUUCGGCAAAUGCCGUCAGGAAGCACAUCAAUACACAAAACAAUAUGUGCUUGGAUUCCGUAAGCCGCAGUACGAGAACCGGCAUGCCAACAUG